AAAAGAGAGAUUAAUUUACAUUAAUCUCAAACAGAUGCUCGGUGUAAUAUAUGGAAAGAUACUAUACCUAGUCAUAUCUGAAAGAGCAAUUUCAGAUGCCAUAAAGGCGAAUUAUUGUGACACAUACACAAUUUGUAUGUCGUAGCACUCAGAAAACUGCUCACUUGGGGACUCUUAGGAGCUUCCGGACUACAUUUCCCAGGAGGUACUGCGACAUGAUCCUCCUCGACCUCCCAUGAGCCUCUGGGCUCAGAACUCAGCCUCCGCCGCUGGGGGCGGGGUAACGCCGGACUCCGGGAGUGCCGGAUUACGCACUUCCUCCUGGGGGUUCGGAGGCCGAACCCUUGUGUGGCGGGUUCGAGUCCCGCCCCCUGACUCUCGGCUCUAGACCCUGAGUCUGGGGUGGGGUGCAUUCGGCCGGGUUACCUCUCCUCGCCGGGGGGCGACGGCACACCUCGGGCUUCACCAUGGAGGACUACCUGCAAGAUUGUCGAGCCGCUCUGCAGGAGUCCAGGCCUCUGCAUGUUGUGCUGGGAAAUGAAGCCUGUGACUUAGACUCCAUGGUGUCUGCUCUUGCCCUGGCUUUUUACCUAACAAAGACGGCGGAAGCAGGAGAAAUCUUUAUACCAGUUUUAAACAUAAAUCGUUCUGAGCUUCCUCUACGAGGGGACAAUGUCUUCUUCCUCCAGAAGGUUCAGAUUCCAGAGGCUGCGCUGAUUUUCCGGGAUGAGAUCGACCUCCACACAUUGCACCAGGCUGGCCAGCUCACCCUCACCCUUGUUGACCAUCACGUCUUACCCAAAAGUGACGCAGCUCUGGAGGAGGCUGUAGUGGAGGUGCUGGACCAUCGACCAAUUGAGCAGAAACACUGCCCUCCCUGUCAUGUGUCAGUUGAGCUGGUGGGGUCCUGUGCUACCCUGGUGGCCGAGAGAAUCCUGCAGGGGGCACCAGAGAUCUUGGACAGACAAACUGCCUCCCUACUGCAUGGUACCAUCAUCCUGGACUGUGUCAACAUGGAUGCCAAAAUUGGAAAGGCAACCCCAAAGGACAGCAAGUAUGUAGAAAAGCUGGAGGCUCUCUUCCCAGAUCUUCCCCAGAGAAAGGACAUCUUUGAUUCUCUGCAAAAGGCAAAGUUUGAUGUCUCAGGCCUGACCACUGAGCAGAUGCUCAGAAAGGACCAGAAGACCAUCUACCGACAAGGCACCAAGGUGGCCAUCAGUGCCGUCUACAUGGAUCUGGAGGUCUUUCUGCAGCGGCUGGACCUCCUGGAAGAUCUCAGUGCUUUCUGCCAUGAUCACAGCUACGAUGCCCUGGUUGCCAUGACUAUCUUUUUCAACACUCAAAAUGAGCCAGUACGCCAGUUAGCUGUUUUCUGUCCCCACUCGGCACUUCGAAUGACAAUCUGUGGAGUCCUGGAACAGUCCACCUCCCCACCCCUGAAGCUGACCCCUAUCCCAAGCAUCUCUCCUGACCUCCAGGCCUAUCUUCAAGGCAACACCCAGGUCUCUCGGAAGAAAUUUCUGCCUGUGCUCCAGGAAGCCCUGUCAGCAUAUUUUGACUCAACGAAGAUGCCUUCAGGGCAGCCUGAGGUAGUGGGUAUGUCCAGGGAGCAGGCGGACAAGGAAUUGGACAAGGCAGGUAACUCCCUGAUUUCUGGACUGAGUCAAGACGAAGAGGACCCUCCGCUGCCCCCCACGCCCAUGAACAGCUUGGUGGACGAGUGCCCUCUGGAUCAGGGGCUGCCGAAGCUCUCAGCCGAGGCUGUCUUCGAGAAGUGCAGUCAGAUCUCCCUGUCCCAGAGUACCAGAGCCUGCCCAUCAAAUAAGUGACCGUGGGAAGAGGGUGGGGAGGGGUGGAGGGCUGCUUGCCCACCUCAAAUGCAUGUUUUGAGAUGUUCGGUCAUUUCACCGCCCUGUCUAUUGCUCCAGGAUCUAGUGUACUGUCCUCUUAAAACUGGGAGGGAAAGAAGCAGCUGCUGGAGGAAUAGCUUUCUGCCUCUCCUGUCCGGUCUCUACCAGUCAGACAAGUUUUAUUUAAUUUUAUUAUUUAAUCUGCAUUGAUUUUCCUCUCUUUUCGAUGGGUACGAUGUGAUAAGAUGACUGUCCUAGCAGAGCAGGACUAAAGGAAUGUAGACCCCAUCUAAGUGUCUUUAGAAGGACCGUGAGCAGAGCCAGUAUCUGUCAUGAAUCCAAUUAACUACUUGUCUCCAUGAAUUCACCAUUUCAUUUUUUUAAAGUUCUUUUUGAGACAGAGACCCAUGUAGCCCAGGCUGGCCUUGAACUCCUUGAACGUGUCUGAGGCUAGUCUUGAACUCCUAAUCCUCCUGAGUGCUGAAAUUGUAGUCACGUAUUACCAUACCUGGCUAGUCUCUUGUCUUGAACACAUGGCUGGAUUUCCUUUCUUUGGCUCCUUCUGUCCCAGAGUUACAGAAAGCCCAAAGAGACCCUGGGGAUCUGAGGUUCUUGGGGUCACAUAGCACCCAGGACAGCUGUAGUACCUCAUAGGUACUUUUUGCCAAGAGGGCAGAACUUGAUUGGGCCUUAGUGGGUCUGGCAGGUUCUUGUCUAUCUUUUUCUGGUUUUGCUCACGUUAAAGAAAGCAUAGUGUCUUCUGGUGAGACAUUUCACUGUUCUGGUCUCAUUUUCCCCAUGUAGAUGAGGGUUAGGAGUAGAUGUUCCCUGGUAUUCUGUGACCUGCCUCUCUCUGUCUUCCUUUCCCUCCUCUGCUUCUCUGUGUUUUUCCUUUGUCUUCCCUGGGAGUGCUCAGGGUCACUGGAUUGUGUGUGUUUGUGUGUGAUUGUGCCAAGGGACUUAGCCUCAUGUAGCAUGUACAGGGAUGUGUUGUGACCCAGCCCCCAGUGACUUGUCGGCAUGUGGAGUCUCUCCCUACCCCCUUUUUUCAAACCGGCCUCCUUCCCCGUUCUUACCCCAUAUAGGUUGCAAACAAUAUUGAGGAACUGUAGGGUGUGUGGUGGUUCGGGGCAGUCUGACUUCAUUUAGGGUAUGAUGUCUGUAGCCACUGGGAACGUGAAAUAUUGGUGCCAUCACUGAACCAAAGGGAUUAUGUCCUGUGCCUUUGGUACUUGGUUUUGCAUUUUUGUUUUGUAUUAAAUACUUUCUUCCUGUUUGAA